GUGAUCACAGAGCGUCGGAGACGAACGCGCCUCGUCUGAUGCCUUAGACUAAAAUAUAACACCGUAACAUUAUUUUCGUGAAAAACACUAAGAUGGCGAUUUCGUGCAAUUGUCCGAUGUCUCCUCCGGGGCCGACGCUGGCAGCGGCGUGUGGAGGGGGUGCUUUCAUGUUGUUCAUGGGUCUACUGGAAGUAUUCUUGCGCAGCCAAUGUGACCUCGAAGACCCAUGUGGACGAGCACAGUUUCGUCGCCACAUGGACUCAGUAUACGACUUCAUCGUAGUGGGUGGUGGGUCCGCUGGUUCCGUGAUGGCAGCAAGACUGUCCGAAGUGCCUGAGUGGCGAGUGCUGCUCCUAGAAGCUGGCUUCGACGAACCCACUGGUGCUCAAGUACCUUCAAUGUUCUUGAACUUCAUCGGCUCAAGCAUCGACUGGGGCUACCAUACGGAACCUGAGCCAGCAGCUUGUCUUGGAGAGAAGGAUAGAAAGUGUUACUGGCCCAGGGGAAAAGUUUUAGGAGGAACGUCUGUGAUGAACGGUAUGAUGUACAUUCGGGGUUCGCGAAAAGACUUCGACAGUUGGGCAGCUGCUGGCAAUGAAGGGUGGUCCUACGAUGAAGUGCUGCCGUAUUUCCUAAAAUCUGAAGAUAAUAAGCAAAUCGAGGAGAUGGAUAAAGGGUAUCACGCUACAGGGGGUCCCUUGACCGUCUCUCAAUUUCCAUACCACCCACCUCUGAGCCAUAGCAUCGUUAAAGCUGCUGAAGAACUAGGCUAUGAAAUAAGAGAUCUGAACGGCGAAAAACAUACUGGAUUCUCAAUAGCUCAAACCACAAACAGAAAUGGUUCCCGUUUGAGCGCAGCUCGAGCCUUUCUCCGUCCAGCCAAAAACCGACCGAACCUGCACAUCAUGUUGAACGCCACCGUCUCCAAGAUCCUCAUCAACCAGACAACCAGACAGGCCUACGCGGUUGAAGUAAGGAACAGUUUUGGCGGCACGGAAGUAAUUUUCGCCAACCAUGAAAUUAUUUUAAGUGCGGGCGCGGUGGCGUCGCCUCAGAUUCUUCAGCUCAGCGGUGUAGGGGACCCCAAAGUGUUGAACCGCGCUGGCGUGCGACCAUUACACGUGUUGCCAGCUGUCGGACGAAACCUCCACAACCACGUGGCGCACUUCCUAAACUUCCACGUGAAUGAUAAUAACACAGUACCACUGAACUGGGCCACUGCCAUGGAGUACCUACUGUUCAGAGACGGACUCAUGUCCGGAACCGGUAUAUCCGAAGUGACUGGUUUUAUCAACACGAGGUACUCCGACCCCUCCGAGGACAACCCUGACAUUCAACUCUUCUUCGGCGGCUUCCUCGCUGACUGCGCCAAAACCGGCAUGGUCGGGGAGAAACUUGGCGAGGGAUUCAGAAGCGUCCAGAUGUUCCCGGCUGUAUUACAUCCCAAAAGCAGAGGAAGAUUGGAGAUCGCUAGUGCAGAUCCUUUCGAAUACCCCAAGAUUUAUGCUAACUACCUCACCCAUCCCGACGACGUGAAGACCCUAGUCGAGGGCAUCAAAUUUGCCAUCCGACUCUCUGAAACCAAGGCCCUCAAGAAAUACGGAAUGAGGUUGGAUAAAACACCGGUGAAAGGUUGCGAGAAGAUAAAAUUUGGUUGUGAUGCAUACUGGGAAUGUGCGGUCAGGGUGCAAACGGCCCCAGAAAAUCAUCAGGCGGGGUCCUGCAAGAUGGGACCCAGAGGAGACCCCACCGCUGUCGUUGAUAAUUUAUUACAGGUCCAAGGUCUAGACCGUCUCCGCGUGGUCGACGCGAGUGUGAUGCCCUCCGUGACAUCAGGUAACACCAACGCACCUGUAAUCAUGAUAGCCGAGCGCGCCGCUGACUUCAUCAAACAGCGCUGGCUUGGAACUACUCCUGUCUCGUACACCAAUACCGAUGGCGGUGUCUCCAACGUUUUGUCCGCCAGCGAAAGUCACCACCCCGGCUGGCUGUGGCGCUAAACCAAAAUAAUUAUUAUAAUUAGUAAAAAAAUAUAUUCAUAACAUAGCUUUAUUCGACAACUAAAAUAUCAUUGAGUUUUUAAAACUUACUAGGAAGACAUGGUGGACAAAGCAUUUGUUUGUUUUUAAACCUUCCAAUUUAAAAAGUUACAUUAUAUAUAUAUAUAUAUAUAUAUAUAUAUAUAUAUAUAUAUUUUAAUGUUUCUCGUCUAAAUUAUAAACGAGAGUAAAUUUCCCCCGAUAGUUUUAGUAUCUAUAUUUAAGGUAUAUUGUUUUACUAUUUUUACGAGAUAAUGUUACCAUAUAGAUAAUACAUUAUUUAUAGUGAUAGAUAUUGGAUGUUUAAGAUUUAAUAAAACUAUACGUAAAGCUCGAAUAGGUUAAGUGUGUCGUGUAGUAGAAAAGUCUAAAUGUUAUUUCAAUUUUCAGGAAUAAUUAUCUUUUUUUUUUAAAGAUUAAAAUUUAUCAGGCCACA